UUUCCUGGUUGGGCCAGUUUCAUCUGAAAUAGAGUGGCCGGAGGAGGGAAACGAACAACUCAAUUCUUGGGAAUUAUUCUCAGCUGUGCUCUGUGCACUCUCUGUGGGUCAAGGGCUGAAGUGGACAGCUGUGUGGCAAUGGGAGAUGAGAGGGGUAUGACACGAAUGCUUUUGGAAUGCAACCUCAGUGACAAGUUGUGUAUUAUCCAGGAGCAGCAGUAUGAAAUCAUCGUCAUCCCAACCUUCCUGGUUGGCAUCUUCCUCAUCCUUCUUGGGGUCAUCCUGUGGCUUUUUAUCAGAGAACAAAGAGCCCAACGACGGUCUCCUGGACCCCAAGGCAUUGCCCACGUGCCUCCAUCAAGGGGCCUUAGCUGGGAAGAAGCAGGACAUGGAGGAAACAUGUUUGUACCACUUAAGGAGACAUCAGUGGAAAGCCUUCUACAGAUUUCCACACAUGCCCUGGCUAAGCUGCAGUUGCCUCGGGAACAACUUUCUGAAGUUCUGCAGCAAAUCCACAAUGGUAGUUGUGGGGCCAUCUAUCGAACCAAGGUAUAUAUUGGAGACCCUGCUAAGCCCAAGAGUGUUGUCGUCAAGGCUUUAAAAGAAUCAGCUGGGCUCCAAGAGGUACAGGAAUUCUUAGGGCGAAUCCAAUUCUAUCAGUAUCUGGGGAAGCACAAGAACCUGGUACAGCUGGAAGGAUGCUGCACCGAAAGGCUGCCACUCUACAUGGUGUUGGAGGAUGUGGCCCAGGGGGACCUGCUCAGCUUUCUGUGGAUCUGUCGCCGGGAUGUGAUGACCAUGGAUGGCCUUCCCUACGACCUCACAGAAAAACAAAUAUAUCAUAUCGGGAAGCAGGUCCUUUUGGCUUUGGAAUUUCUCCAGGAUAAACAUCUGUUCCACGGGGAUGUGGCAGCCAGGAAUGUCUUGAUCCAGGCUGAUCUCACUGCUAAGCUCUGUGGACUGGGCCUGGCUUAUGAAGUCCACUCCCGAGGGGCCAUUUCCUCUACUCGAGUCGUACCCCUCAAGUGGCUCGCCCCAGAACGGCUUCUGCUGACACCAGCUAGCAUCAAAGGAGACAUUUGGUCCUUUGGGAUCCUGCUUUAUGAGAUGGUGACUCUAGGGGCACCUCCCUAUCCUGAAGUCCCUCCUACUAGCAUCCUACAGUAUCUCCAAAGAAGGAAAAUCAUGAAGAGACCCAGUAGCUGCACACACACAAUGUACGGUCUCAUGAAGUCCUGCUGGCAUUGGAGUGAGGGCAGCCGCCCCGCACUUGGAGAGCUACACUCACGCCUAGAAGCAGCUGCCCGAACUGCAAAUGACAAGGCUGUGUUGCAAGUACCAGAGUUGGUGGUGCCUGAACUAUAUGCAGCUGUGGCAGGUGUCAGCGUGCAGAGUCUCUCCUACAGCUAUAGUAUCCUUUGAAGAUCCUGGAGCAACAAGCUUCUUUUGAGAGAUCAUAUACUCUUGGAACCAAUUCCUCCAAGAACAGAGAAGAGACUUUCUAGUUGUACCUAGAACUAGAUCCUGGAUCCCUGGAUCCUGGAUCCUCCCCUACACACUUCCCUAGAUACCUGAAAUGAGGCUGGAUGAGGCUGCACACACCAUACACCCUGGAGAUGGAGAAAUAUGGUUUCAUUUCUGCUGUCGCAAUCCUGAAGGUGCAGGGUAGAUGAGGCGACAGUGUCACUGCAAGGGAGUUUUAUGAAUCUGUAAUGUUUUCUGCAGCAUGGCACGGAUAAGCUGGUCCCUCCUGCCAUAGGCUAAUUUCCUCUGAAACUAGCCUGAUGUUUUUUCCUAGACUAUUAUAAGGUCCAGAAAAUUGGAAUAAAAUGAGGGACUAGCAAGCUGAUAAAGAAGUUGAUGAGAAGAAAAUUAAAGGUUCUCUUUGCUCAGGAGUAUAGAUGAGAACCAAGGUCAUCCUUCAGAGAGAAGGCAGAGGAAGGACAUUUAGGUCUUCAGCCCUGGUGCCUUCAUGCAGGACGGGGGUGGGGUGGGAACAUGAAGGAAGGCUUCUGAGGUCCCUGUGGGGGCAGAUAGGAGAAAUAUCAUCCCCCUUUCUCUAAUUCCGAGACAGGUGAACCCUGCUCAUACUACUUUUAACAAGAAGCUGGAAGGGUCAUUUUAUGAUUAAGAACAUUUGAGAUGUAUCAUUCAUCAGGAUGGCUUCCUGGUCCCUAUGAGACUGGAGAGACUGAGCCCAGAAAGUCAGUUGGGACAGUGAUGAGUAUACUGUGUAUGUAUUUAAUUAACGGGAAAUAUGGAAACCAAGCAAAAGUGCUUAGUAGGACGUCUUUCACAAGGGCUAGAAGAGGAUAUAAUCUGAGAUGGGAGGAUGGUAGGUUCUGCUUUUCAAUCAUCCAAUGAUGUACUGUGAAACAUUUCAUUAAAUUAAUAUUGAGUGAAAGUAGGCUUUUCUAGUUGUAUGGUUGCCAAAAUCUCUACAUAGGAAGAAAUAAAUAGAUGGGAGUAAAUGUCAAUAGAAAAAUUCAAGAGACAAUCUACAUUGUCAGAAAAGGGAUUUUUCAUGUGUAAAAAGGGGUAAUACCUACCUCACAAGGUUGUUGCGAGAAUUGAAUGAGGGUAUGUAUUUGUACAGUAUCUGACACAUACUACGUGCUCAAUAAAUGUUGAUUUCUUUACUCUCCCUCUUAUUAUCCUAGAACAUUUCAUAUUGUUUUUGUUUAACAUCUACUGUGGCCAAGAAGAGAACUGUGGUCUGUCGGUUACACCACAGGGACAUGCUUAAAGAUGACGAUAUGGUACAAAUACUACAUGACAAAAAUGAUGACUGGCAAUAGUCAUCUAUGAUUUCAAAUUACUAAAAACAUCAAGAUGACAGCAAUUCAGUUGAAUAUGUGGUCUGUGAUGUUAAGGAUACUUUGGAUACUCUCGAAGGGACAUCUAAGGCUGCUAUUGGAAAGAUGGCUGGCAGUUGAAAAGUUUUCCGAAGUUAGAAUCCUGAUGGAGUCAUGAUGAAUCAUCCAGCUGAACAAUGACUCUUGUGCCUGUGGCAAGAGCACGAUGACUAGUCAGAAUUUAAAUGGGUGGUAAGUAGCAGUGGGGAGAAGGGAGGUAGAGUGGCUCAGUGCAAAAUGAUAAAGUCCUAUGGGAUCUCAUUGUUCUCAGCACUUCAUUGAAGCCACAUUGACAAAAGACUUAUUCAACUGUCUUCAAAUGUUAAGGCCAACUUGUGAGACACUGUGCUAGGUGUUGGAUAAACGAAAUGGAAAGCUUUGGAUUACAGUCUAGAAAGUAAGAGAUGUUAUAUCCAUCAUAUUUGUGUGGGCAUUUGUUAAUUACAACUGUGGUAAGUGAUAGGAAAAAGAAGCAUAGAAUAGUAGAAGGGAGUUUAAAAUGGGGACCUCCCUGAAGAAAUGGCAUUUACAUCAAGACCUUAGGGAUGGGUGAAUAAGCCUGACUAUUACUGGCUAUUACAGUGAGGAGAAGUCUUCUAAGAGAAGGACUACGGGUGUGAAAACUCUGAGGCCAGAAGAAAAAGCAGUGUGAGCAACUGCAAGGAGGCAGUGGUACUGGUGCAGAGUGAGGCAGGAGGAGGGUGGCGGGAGAUGAAAGGGAGUACUGCUCUUUCACUUGGUGCAUUAAUGUUUGUUUUGGCCGGAGGCAAAGGAGUAGACAAUUGCUAUUUUAAAUUGUAUUUGUUUUCCUGGAUAAAGGUCUGGAAAACUGGAUAUAGUAAUUGUUUAUUCUAAGAAAACUUGGUCCUCCCCUCACUUAGCCAGGCUUUUUCUAAAAGGAGAAUUAUAUUUCUGGUAUCUUUGACUUAUCAGCCAUUCCAGAUA